CGCACUCGGCUCAGCGCUUCUACAGGGGAGGAAAUAAAAACCCAUCUACAACUCAGCAACACAAACCUAUCUCCCUCUUCUCCUGCUCCGGACUUAAACUGCGCCUCCGCUCUCUCGGGGAUCUUUCUAAAAGCUUUUUUUUUAUUCCCACAACCAAAACCAGUCGUGGCACAAACUACCGCUCGUCGCGUUCAGGGAUCCCGGUCGGUCCUCCAUGAAAGAGGGAGUGCGGCAACAAAUCUGGGGAAACGAGAUGUCUGCGACCGUCUUGUCAGCUUUCUACGACAUGGACUUGCUUUACAAGCAGCAGGAUAAAAGCAUGAACAUGAACGCGCUCCACAUCAACAGCAUGCUGGACAAGAAAGCGGUGGGCGCUCCGGUCACGACUCCGGGCUCGGGCGGCUCCUUCGCGCCGGGAUUUUUCCGCAAGAGCUCCAUCAGCAACGUGGACGCGAUCAACAACGGCAACAAGUACACGAUGGGCUCGUACGGCAGUCUGAAGGAGAACACGCCGAACGGCGGCAGCAGCAGCGCCGCCGCCGCCGCCGCCGCCACGGCCCUCAUGAACAAGGAGAACAAGUUCCGCGACCGCGCGUACAGCGAGAGCGCGGAGCGGGGCGUGCUGCAGCAGAAGCCCGGCUCGCAGAUCAACUCCAGCCGCUACAAGACCGAGCUGUGCCGGCCCUUCGAGGAGAACGGCUCGUGCAAGUACGGGGAGAAAUGCCAGUUCGCCCACGGCUACCACGAGCUCAGGAGCUUGUCUCGCCACCCCAAGUACAAAACCGAGCCGUGCCGCACUUUCCACACCAUCGGUUUCUGCCCCUACGGCCCCCGGUGUCACUUCAUCCACAACGCCGAGGAGCGCCGGCCCGCUCCGGCCGCCAACGCCAACGUGCAGGCGGCGGAGCCCCGGUCCGCGCGGGAGCUGUGCGGCUACGGCCAGAGGGACGCGCUGCGUCCGCAGCAGCAGCAGCUCGGCUUCUCGCAGCGGGACCGACCAAAGCUCCACCACAGCCUCAGCUUCUCCGGCUUCUCCACCCACCACGGGCUCGAGUCCCCCCUGCUGGACAGCCCCACGUCCCGGACCCCCCCGCCGGGCCCCAGCGCCUCCACCUGCACCUCCGCCUCCAGCUUCUACGAGGAGGCGCUGUCCCCCAGCUCCGCGCCCUGCAUCCACAGUGCCUUCUCCUUCCCCGGGCAGGAUCUAAAAGCCCUGCUGGCUCCCCUGGCGGUGCACGGCCCCAGCGGCUACAGCAGCAACCACUCCAGCAGCGCCUACUACGGGAGCCUGCAGGGCGGCGUGUGCCCGCCCUCCCCUCCGACCUACAACAUGAGCCACCUGCAGGCGCUGCGCCGCCUCAACGAGUCGCCGGUGUUCGAGCCUCCUCCCAGCCCGCCCGACUCGCUCUCUGACCGGGAGAGCUACGCGAGCGGGUCCCUCAGCUCUUCCGGGAGCCUCAGCGGCUCCGAGUCCCCGAGUCUGGACGCUGGAAGGCGUUUGCCAAUCUUCAGCAGGCUGUCGAUUUCAGACGACUAAGCGUUUUUUUUUUGUUUGUUUGUUUGUUUUUUUUGCCGUGAGACGGAAUGAUGGACGGGUGGGGGGUGAGUGACUGCGAGGCGUGAAAGGGGGGUGUGAGCGAGGUGGACUGAGAAUCCCGGUGGUUUCGCCUCACCUCCCCACGCCCACUUCCAACAGCAGCCUCUCUGUUGAAGUGCCUUUGAGCAAGACACUGAGCCCCCGCCAGCUGCGGGGCUGCAGACCCUGCUCCGACCUCCCUGGAAGGGGGCAGGAGAAGAGUCUCAUCCACAGGGAUCAACAAAGCUUCAGUUUAAAGUGGCCUUGACCUGGCAUUAGUUUAGUAUUUUUCUAUGUAUAUGUAAUAUAGCUGUAUUAAAACCUAGAUAGCAAACAGAAGGCAUUCCACCAGUGCCUUGCCCGAGGGCUCACGGCAGCCCCCUCCUCCCCUUGUUGUUUUGUUUUCAUGUUUUUUGCUCUAUCAGGCAAGCCACACUUCUCCUGGGAUUAGAUGAGUGUGUAACACGACUUGACACGAAGAAGAGACUGUAAGCGGUUUCAGAUUUCCUCCCAUCCUGCCAAGAAUAUGCCUUGACUAAACGUAACAUUUGACUUCGUUUUUUUUUUCCUCCUCUCUGUAAGCUUCAACUUCCAUUCCAGUAUCUGUCUUCUCCCAGCGCCACCCAGUGGUUCGUUUGGUUGGUCUAGUUUGUUGCUUGGUUGAAAAGCACUCUUGAGUUGGGUUUGAUCGGGGAAAUCACUGCUGAUGGUUGAAUAUAUAUUUUUUUAGCUGUUUGAGUGAUUUACAUAGCAGUACAUAACUGGCUAUGGACUAUUUAACUUAUUUAUUAUCUUGUGAAAAAAGGUAUAGGCUACAUUGAUAAUUUGUGUCCAUACUGUAUUUAUCAAGUAUGAUGAAGCAAUAGAUCUAUAUUCUUUUAUGUUUAAAUUAUGAUUGCCAUUAUUAAUCUGCAUAAAGUGGAGUGUAUGUUCUUUUCACAGUAAUAUAUAUAUUUUGUUUUUUUUUCUCCUUUUUUGUAACUUCACUUGGUUAUUUUUUAUUGUAAAUGAGUAAAAAAUCUUAAUUUAAGAGAACGUAUGUGAUAUUUAUUUCAUUAAUUUUUGUUUCCUUGUUUACGUUUAUUAAAAAGAAACAGUUGCCUGAUUGCUGUUUGCUCCUGAGGUCGUGUGUCAGUGCUGUAGAAGGCUCUUUUUUAUUUCUAAGGAUCCCUAUUUAGAUCUUUCGGUAGAAUGUAUAAAGUAACAUGGUUGUACAGACCGUCCAAACUUUACUCCUUUUUUUUGUUUUAUUUAGACUUCAGUGACAAAGAACCCAAGUCAAUAAAUUAACCAAAAAAGUAUUUUUGUUUGUUUUUUUCUGUUUUGUUUUCUCUCUGCACGAGGUCACACUGUGAUUCCAGCCACGUGCUAAAGAAUGUAGCAAUCUCUUGUGCCCCAGUAUUAUUGUGUAGUGCCUGUGGGGUUCACCAUCUUGACAUGCCUUAAAAUUAACCAAAUAAAGUAUUUUCCUACAUCUUUUUUAUACACAGGUUAAACUGAAUGUAGUCUUGGAAACUAUUUUCUUUUUUUAAGGUUGUUACCACUCAGACACUGAUUAAAAGCGGACGUAACCUGUCUCUAAGUUCCCAUUCCUUUCUUCGCUCUGUUGUUCGUUUCCUUUUGAUUUAGUCUGAGUCUUGAGAGUUUUGUUGCUGGAGAGGGAUUUGGAGGAACACGUUUGGUUUGUACAUAGUAGGUACAGGGGGAUACGCACUAUGUACUUUUGACUACUUUAUCAGAAGUAAAGCUUUUUGAAUGUAAGAGAAAAAAAAAAAACGGACAAAAAGACAACGCGAGUUGUGAUAUUUUUCGGGGAGUCAGUCACUACAAAUUGAGUGUGAGACUGUUAACUUUGUACUGUACAUUUUUUUGUAGUUCUCCCAAUAAAAAUCAUUUUGAAAAGCU